AUGGGCCAACAAUUGAGUGAGGAAUCCAACAGAGUGGAAAUAGAUGUGGCGGAGCUCCAGGAAUGGUAUAAAAAGUUUGUAGUGGAAUGUCCGAGCGGAACACUUUUCAUGCAUGAAUUUAAGCGUUUUUUUGGCGUGACGGAUAACCAGGAAGCAGCCGAUUAUGUGGAACAUAUGUUCAGAGCCUUUGAUAAAAAUGGGGACAACACAAUAGAUUUCCUGGAGUAUGUGGCUGCUCUUAAUCUGGUUUUAAGGGGAAAACUGGAGCACAAGUUGAAAUGGACGUUCAAAGUAUACGACAGAGAUGGAAAUGGUUGUAUAGACAAGACGGAGCUUCUAGAGAUUGUGGAGUCAAUUUACAACUUGAAGAAGGUGUGCCGUCAGGGCCAAGAUGAUCGAAUUCCAUUGCUCUCACCAGAGGAAGUAGUGGACAGGAUAUUCCAGUUGGUGGAUGAGAACGGAGAUGGGCAGCUAUCAUUGGAUGAGUUUAUUGACGGUGCUCGGAAGGACAAGUGGGUGAUGAAGAUGCUGCAGAUGGAUGUGAGUCCAGGAAGUUGGAUUAAUGAGCAAAGAAGGAAGAGUGUGCUGUUUUAAUGUCAAGUUGAUGCUUAGUUGCUCAUCAUGAAGAUCUUACCCGGGACCAUGAAACAGGGGGUGAAAACUCAAAGAGUUGUGUUCUG